AUGAAGGCACAGUGUGUUCACCUCUGUCUCCUGGGUGCGAUGCUUUUCCUCUGCUCAGUGCACACCCGGGAUCUCAGGAGAUGUCUGAUUUCCACAGAUGUGCACACUAUAGAAGAGAGUUUCCGAGGAAUCAAAAAAGCCAUCCAAGCUAAGGACACCUUUCAGAAUGUCACCAUCCUGUCCCCAUCGGAGACCCUGCACAGCAUUAAGCCCUCAGAUGUGUGCUGUGUGACCAAGAACCUCCUGGCGUUUUACAUGGACAGGGUGUUCAAGGACCACCUGGAGCCGAACCCUCAAAUCCUGAGAAAACUCAGCAGCAUUGCCAACUCCUUCCUCUCCAUGCAGAAGACUCUACAGCAAUGUCAGAAGCAGAGGCUUUGUCACUGCGGGCAGGAAGCAACCAAUGCCACCAGAAUCAUCCAUGACAACUACGAUCAGCUCGAGGUCCGAUCGGCUGCCAUUAAGUCUCUGGGCGAGCUUGACAUCUUCCUGGCCUGGAUUGACAAGCAUCAUCACGGAACUUCCGCUGCCGAAAGACAAGGAACCUAA